AUGGUGGCGUGCGCCGCGGUGGCCGCCGGAGGCCUGUCGGAGUGGGAAGCCCUCGGCCUGCGCUGUGCGGCGCUCUUCUAUGGCAGUGCACUUGGCCCGUUAGACGAGGCCGCCGGCGACAUUGAGGCUGCGGCCGCGGCUGUCGCGCAAGCUUCGCCCUCAAUGACAUUCGAGGCAGUCAAGAAGCAUAAGAUCUUGCUGGAUAGCGCCGCAGUCCUGCUCGCGAUCAAGGCACGCUUCUGCCCUGACGUGCUGCUGUCGCAAUGCCCUUUGUCAUCAUCGCCUGCGGCUCGCCGCUUGUACGACAACAUGCUGAACCCUGCAAAGGGCGCCCAGCUGGCAGCUGCUCUGGUGGGCUAG